AGGGCGAAGUGGGCGACAGUACAUGCCCCAAAUCUUACUUAAGUACUACUCUUAUUAAUAAGAGGAGACCGUGUGUGGGGCGGCAACGGGAAGAGCAAAUGAAAGUACCACCAUGGUAGAUUGUAGGAAGCCCGGCGGGAGGGGGAACAACUUUUUGAUUGCCCCGUCUCUUCAUAUCAUGAUCGGUCGAUUGAGGAACACCUCGUGUGCUUCUCCUCCCACGGUUGGUUUGUUGGGCAGCUUCGGCGCUCUCGAUGUCGCCUCUAGUCCCAAGUUGAUCCCGCAAAGGCGCGCGUGCGAGACACUCAGGUGGCGGCGGGAAGCUGCAGCGAAGCUUCCUGCGCCCGAACAAACCUCCCCGCCCAACCAACCAACCAACCAACUUUGUCGCGCAGGUGAUUAAAGCAGCGUCCUUUUUUCCUCUUUUUGUCUCUCUUUCAAGGGAGUUAUAAAACUUUGGUUUGGAGUUUGGACGCACGCAUGCAUGCAUGCAUGCAUGCAUGAGCGAGCGAGCGGUGGUGUGCAGGUCGAGGGCGGUGGUGUGCACGGCUGCACCAGCAGCCAGCCUCAUACACGAGCCUUGUCUGAGCCCUGAACCCCGAACCGCCGCGCUUGUCCGGCCCUAGCCGCGGCGUCAUCGGCGCGCGCUUUUGCGUUGGCUUUGCUAUCUGAAUCUUCAUCUUGGUCUGGAUAUGCGUGAUCGUUGUCUUUGGUGGUCGGUUAGGGCGAUGAGUGAUGUGCUAGAGUGAGGUUUUCAUCUUCAGUUGCGAUUAGGUUUGCAGUGAUCAGACCGCCACGUCGGUGCGUGCGCGCCAGCCGUGCGUGGCUGGCCUUUUGCUACCGGUGCGUGCGUGCCUUGCCGUUGCCAUGUACACUUGUGGCCGGCCUCGGCUUUCGGCGCGCCAGUUUGUGCGUGCGUGCAUGCAUGCUUGCCGCGCCGCAUGCCUGUGCGUGCGUACGUGCACGCCAUGGCUGAAGCUUUUGGUUCGGGGUGGUGGGCGCUGGCCACGGGACAAACCUCUUUUGGAAUCAGGCGCACGUAUGACCAUUAUCGUGAAGCACGGCAGUUUUUACUGUGGUGCAUGGAAUCCUUGGGUGGAUGGAUGGAUGGAUGGAUGGACGGAGUAGAUCGAUGACAGUUCGCACCAGUGACUGAUCGCAAGAACUACUCUGGAAGAAGACCGGCAGUACGUCGACACGGACGCGGAGCGUCCCCGCCGAUCGAAUUACCCGUCAUGUCACCGUGUCACGUCACACACAAAGCUAAAAGCCUGUCGUACGCGUGAGUCGAUCAGACUGUGAUGUGAUCUCACUAACAGUAGAAUCGAGGUGGCAACUCGCCCCCUGUGCAUCGAUCAGAUCCGAUACCCACUACGUACUACCGGUGGGAGUACUGCCUUGCGUCUCGUCCAUCAUUUCGUGCCAAGCUUCCCACCAGCCGACUAUGGUGUACUUUUACUGUUGUUGUAAUAAGAGCCUCUCCCCUACGGUUCUACCUCUUUGGAUGUGUAUAUAAACAGAGCAGUAGUUAGCCAACACAAGACACCUUUCAGAUUAUAUCAUAAUCCCUUCUUGGUAUCACAGCCAUCACCCCCCUCUUCAUCAUGAGCAACAUCUCUCCUUCUUUUGGCGCCCCAGGGCUUCUUGCCAUGCCCCCUCCCGUUCGUCGUUCCUUUCCUCUCGCCGGUAUCCAGAACACCAAGCAUGUUCUCCCCUCCACCCAGCCUCCUAUGCACCGAAUCGAUAUUAUCGACUUCAUCAAUUUCAAGCUAGAUCCCGCCGCAAACAACUACACUCAAUGGACGCGGAAGUUCUAUGCUAUCCUUGCCAAGUACGACUGCACCCAUCAUGUCGACCACGAGUCUGAUCCCCAUCUUCAAGAUGCGAAGUGGCGCAAUGACGAUCUAACUAUUGUGUUGUGGUUCUAUGCUACCAUCUGCGAUGAGCUCUAUGAAGUGGUGAGGGAGCCAGAGAACACCGCGUACAAUGUGUGGGACAAGUUGUACACUUUCUUCCGGGACAACGAGCCCGGAUGGGCCAUCCACAUCCGUGAAGAGUUAAGCGCCACCAAGCAGGGAGACAUGACUAUCGGCUCCUACUGCCAUCGACUAAAGGCCCUUGCUGACGCCCUUGCCGAUGUAGGUGAACCAGUCAACGACGAGAUGUUGAUAUUGCUGAUGAUCCGAGGGCUCAACUACCGCUUCGAUGUGCUCGCGACUAUUCUUCGUAUGCAAAUGCCUUUUACUACUUUUGUCCAGGCUCGUUCCCUACUGUUGCUUGAAGAAAUCAAUCUCAAUGAGCGUGAUAGGGAGAAGGGCUCCUCCGCCAUUACCAUUGGCACCAACACCAGCUCCAACUCCACCCCAAGUGGAAGCAACAAUGUGAGUCAAGGCGAUCGUGGCGCUUUCUCCAGCAUCGGGGUUGGACAGUCAACACAACUGCAACAACGACCAUGCAUGGGCUACUAUGCGCCAUGGGGGGCGCCCUUCCCAUUGCCAGGGCAACCUCCUCGCAAUCAGUGGACCACACGGAACAUCGGGAGCGUCCUUAACCCAUGCACAUCUACUCCAACUCAAGCAUACCCGUUGCUCUACUCCGAGGUAUCCAAUUCCAUGCAAUCGCCUCCCUCGUGGGGCCAGUUCUCUCUGAUCAGCACAACUCCCGGCAACACAAGCUCCACCCCUCCCCCAGCAAUGGCUGGUACAUGGGCCCUGCCGCGUCAUCGCAUGUGAUGGGUUGCAGAGGAUCUAGCCACCAAAGAGCAUCCUCAUGAGAUCUAGUUGUUCCAAAGAUCUAUAUCCGUUUUCUCCACAAAUAAAACGUGAUCCCUCGAUCUGCUCCAUCAACAUGUGGCAUUGGCGACUUGGAAACCUAGGGCGAGCUUCGUUAGUGGCUAUGGAGAAAAGGCCUUCCUUCUCGUGAUAAGCCAAUGCGGGCAUCACAAGUUUAUGAGUCUUGUCAAUUAGUGUGGCAACCUCGAUUGCCUUUUCUUAUUUGUGUUUACUAUAUCAUCAUUUAGAAUAAUACAUUGUAAUUUGUGGACUUUGCCAGUUUAUGGUUUAUCUGCUUUCUUA